AUGACAAAUCAAUGUUCCGUUCUUCAACUUCUUCUUCGCACUCACCACAAAAUUCCCAAUCAAUCUCUUCCACUUUGCACUUUCUCUUCCAUUCCCAACACCUACCAUUCCAAAUUCCAUACAAACCCUAAUUUCAACCAUUUCUCUUCCGAACCCGUUCUCGCUAACACCGUGGAUAUAUUCUCAAAACUCAAAUAUCUUAGUGCCAUCAACAAAGACCUCGAUUCAAAUCACGUUUCGAUUAGUCACGAUGCUGUCAACGGAAGGAAGUUUGAAAAGUGUGGAAUGGAUGGUGAGGCUGUGAAAUCCAGGGAAUUGUGGGUGGAGAAGAGUGGGCAGUUUAAGCAUGACGAACGUAAGUAUACUAAGAUGGCGAUGAUUCUUCAAAGCGAGUAUUUGAUUGAUCAGUUUUGGAAGUUAGUUUAUGAUAUGAGGAGUGCUGGAUUCAAGAUAGGAGAAAAUACCUAUCUUUCCUUUCAUGAAAGCUUUAUUUUGAAGAAAAUGCUUAAGGAUGCUGUGAAGCUUUAUGAGUUUGUUAUGGCUGGUCCUAACAAGAACCUAGGUUGUAGAAAUCUAUUGAGUAGUAUUGUUUCUUUUGACGAGCUCGAUAUGGAUUUGUUUUCAAGGGCUGUGAAGGUUUUUACCAAAAAUGGAAAUGCUUUGAACGAUGACAAUGUUGAAGAAGUACAAAAGUCUUUAUUCAGUGCUGGUAGAAUUGAUGAAUUUAACAAGGUUUUGAAGGUAAUGGAACAUGAAAAUGAUGGGUUUGUUGCUACUGGUCUUUUGCUGGGCACAAUUGCAUUUCGACUUCGUGCUGCUGGUUACAAUGAACAAGCUGAUGAGUUUGCGAAUAGAAUCGAAGAAUCUAGGUUGUCUACUCCAUAUCUUAGGAUGCAGGAUUAUAUAUUAUCUUACCACAACUUUGAAAAAGGCUUUGAAUCUUUGAAAGAGAUAGUUGAGAAAGAGGGAGUUGUAUCUGCAGCCAAUGCUUUAGAUUUAAUUUGUUAA